AUGAGCAGAGUUGUGGUAUUACUAUGUCUUUGCAUUUGUUAUGCAGUGGGAUUUGAGGUAAAUUUUUUUUUUGUUUUUAGCCUUCGCACUGUGCAAUGAGAAUUUGAAUUUGCUGUGCACUGUGCAAUAUUAGAAACACAGUUUUUCUGCACUGUGGAAUUGGAAUUCGACUUUUUUUGCACUGUGCACUCAAAAAAAAAAGAAUUUUUUGCACUGUGCUGUCUGAAAAAACAAUAUUUUUUUCUGCGACGUACAGCCUAAAAAAGAGUUCUCUGCACUGUGCAAUUUGAAUUUGAUUUUUUUGCACUGUGCAAUCCAUUUAAAAAAGAAUUUUUUGCACUGUGCAGUCUAAAAAAAACAUUAUUUUUCUGCACUGUGCAGUCUGAAAAAACGACUUUUUGCACUGUGCAAUUUGAAUUCGACUUUUUUUGCACUGUGCAAUCCAAAAAAACAAUAUUUUUUUCUGCACUGUGCAGUCUGACAAAGAACUCUCUGCACUGUGCAAUUUGAAUAAGAUUUUUUUGCACUGUGCAAUUUGAAUUCGACUUUUUUUUGCACUGUGCAAUCCAAAAAAGACAAAUUUUUUCUGCACCGUGCAGUCUGAAAAAAAAACUUUCUGCACUGUGCAAUCCAAAAAAGAAUUUUUUGCACUGUGCAGUCUAAAAAAACAAUAUCUUUUCUGCACCGUGCAGUCUGAAAAAAAAAAUUUCUGCACUGUGCAAUUUGAAUUUGAUUUUUUUGCACUGUGCAAUCCAAAAAAAACAAUAUCUUUUCUGCACCAUGCAGUCUGAAAAAAAUGAAAAAGAACUCUCUGCACUGUGCAAUUUGAAUUUGAUUUUUUUUUGCAUUGUGCAAUCCUAAGAAAACGAUAUUUUUUCUGCACUGUGCAAUAUGAAUUCGAAAAAUUCUUUUUGCACUGUGCAGUCUGAAAAAAGGUCUCUUCGCACAGUGCAAUUUGAAACUACUUUGAAUCAAAAAUUCGUUCUAGGUAAUCUGGAACAUCCCCAGUAAACAAUGUAAAAAUGUCAACCCGAGUGAGUACAAUGUAACUGUCAACCAAUUCAACAAUUUUUGGGGAGACAAAGUUGUUCUUCUUUAUGAGACUUUCGGUCUGUUCCCCUUUUGUGCUUCGGAGCAGAAGGUGGGCGAAAAGAAGCCGGAGUGUAUUCCAGUGAAUGGAGGGGUUCCUCAGGUGAGUUUGGAGACUUUUUCAUGUUGAUGGAUUGGUGUAUUUCUGUUUCUCGCCGACCUUGCAUUUUGUUGCAGAAUGCCAAAAAUUUUCAAAUUUUUGUGGUGGGACCCAAAGUCCCAAACUCAUAAAAUUUGGCACUCAAAUGGGUUUAGGAUCCUUCAAUAUUCAAAACUGUGCAUUUUUAAAGGUUGUUGCAGAAUGCCAAAAAUUUUCAAAUUUUCGUGGUGGGACCCACAGUCCCAAACUCAUAAAAUUUGGCACUCAAAUGGGUUUAGGAUCUUUCAAUACUUGAAAUUUCAUAUUUUUACGGCUUGUUGCAGAAUGCCAAAAAAAUCAGGAUUUCGCGGUGGGACCCAAAGUUCCAAAACCAUUAAAAUUUGGCUCUCAAGGGGGUUUAGGAUCCUUUAAUAUUUGAAAUUUUACUUUUUUACAACUUGUUGCAGAAUGCCAAAAAAAAUUCAGGAUUUCGCGGUGGGACCCAAAGUGCCGAAACCCAUAAAAUUUUACUCUCAAAUGGGUUUAGGGUCUUUCAAUACUUGAAAUUUUAUAUUUUUACGACUUGUUGCAGAAUGCCAAAAAUUUCAGGAUUUCGCGGUGGGACCCAAAUUUCCGAGACCUAUAAAAUUUGGCUCUCAAAAAGGUUUAGGAUCCUUCAAUAUUCAGAACUUUACAUUUUUAAAGUUGUUGCAGAAUACCAAAAGAAUUUCAGGACUUUGCGGUGGAACCCUAAGUUCCAAAAUUCAUCAAAUUUGUCACUCGAAGGGAUUUAGGAUCUUUCAAUACUUGAAAUUUCAUAUUUUUACGGCUUGUUGCAGAAUGCUAAAAAAAUUCAGGAUUUCGCGGUGGGACCCAAAGUUCCAAAACCCAUAAAAUUUGGCGCUCAAAUGGGUUUAGGAUCUUUCAAUACUUGAAAUUUCAUAUUUUUACAGCUUGUUGCAGAAUGCCAAAAAAUUUCAGGAUUUCGCGGUGUGACCCAAAGUUCCAAAACCAUUAAAAUUUGGCUCUCAAGGGUGUUUAGGAUCUACCAAUAUUUGAAAUUUUACAUUUUUACAACUUGUUGCAGAAUGCCAAAAAUUUUCAAGUUUCCGUGGUGGGAUCAAAUUCAUCCAAAAAACACAAGAUUUCACAGCCAAACUGUUUCAAUGUUAUUCAAACUCAAAAUUUUUCAUAUUUAAAGCUUGUUGCAGAAUGCCAAAAUUUUUCAAGUUUUCGUUGUGGGACUCAAAACUUUGCAAAAUUUCCCAAUUCUUUUCAGCCUCGUAUUUGACAACAUAAAGACUGCUUUUUUCAAAAUUUUCAGGCCGCAAAUCUCUCGGCGCACCUGGAAAAAGCGGCAAAAGAUCUGGAGAGCGCGAUUCCCGACCCCAAUUUUGACGGCUACGGAGUAAUCGACUACGAAGCGUGGCGUCCACUCUACGAUCUAAACUGGAGUUCUCGACGAAUCUAUCAACGCUAUUCGAGGACGUUGCUGGAACGUGACCAUGCGAAGAUGAACCCUCAUGAAUUGGAACAUCUGGCGAGGGAGACGUUCGAUACGGCCGCAAGGUAAGCAGGAUACGAUGGUCUUGGAAAUAGCAGACAUACAGACAUCCUCAGAUGGCUUCAAACAGCUUUUCCUGCCGUGAAAUGGCAUUUUGAAUCCAGAAAACUCAAAUUUCACACAUUUUUCAGAGAGUUUAUGGUCGAAACGCUAAAAUUGGCCAAGAAAAUGCGGCCCAAAGGAAAAUGGGGAUUCUGGGAGUAUCCAUUGUGCGAUUACUCGGCUGGUUACAACCAGUCGGAGUGCCUGGCCUACUAUGAUGACUACAAUGCACAGUACGUUCGAUUCUUUUUGUUUCUUUAUUCUCCGCACUGUGCAAACAAAAUAUUCAUUCUUGCACAGUGCAAUUUCAGCGACUAGAAAAAACAUUUUGCACAGUGCAACUUCAGCGAAAAAAAAGUGUUUUGCACUGUGCAAGUUCAGCGCGCAAAAAAAUGUUUUGCACAGCGCAAUUUUAUCGACUAGAAAAAACGUUUUGCACAGUGCAUUUCCAGCGACAAAAAACGCGUUUUGCACGGUGCAUUUUCAGCGACAAAAAAAGUUUUUUGCACUGUGCAAUUCCAGCGACAAAAAAAAAGUGUUUUGCACGGUGCAAUUUCGGCGACGAAAAAAUGUUUUGCACAGUGCAAUUUCAGCGACAAAAAAAUUGUUUUGCACUGUGCAAGUUCAGCGACAAGAAAAUCUUUGCACAGUGCAAUUUCAGUGACAAAAAAAGCGUUUUGCACCGUGCAUUUCCAGCGACAAAAAAGCGUUUUGCACGGUGCAAAUUCAGCGACAAAAAAGGUGUUUUGCGCUGUGCAAGCUCAGCGACAAAAAAAAUUUUUUGCACAGUGCAGUUUUAGCGACUAGAAAAAUGUUUUGCACGGUGCAAUUUCCGCGGCAAAAAACAUUCUGCACAGUGCAAUUUCCGCGACAAACAAUGUUUUGCACAGUGCAAUCCAAUCUCUUUGUUUUGUCGCACAGUGCAAAUUCCUGUUGGUUGCUUCGAUUCGCACUGUGCCAGCCAAAAAUUAGAAACAGGUUUGCACAGUGCGUUGCAAUAAAAAUGAUUUUUGCACUGUGCAAUAUAAAUAAUUUCAUUUUUAAUCGCACAGUGCGAAAAAAGUUUUUUUGAUUUCGCACGGUGCAAUCAAGAAAAAUGGUCUGCUUGCACGGUGCGGGUGACAGGAAAGGGCAAUAUUUUUUGCACAGUGCGUUACAAAAACAAAAUUGUGAAAAUUGCACAGUGCAAAAAAAUUUUUUUUGAUUGCACUGUGCGGAUUUGUGAAAAAAAAAUUUUUUUGCACAGUGCGUUACAAAAACAAAAAAAAAAUUUUUGAUUGCACAGUGCGGAUUUGUGAAAAAAAAAAUUUUUUUUGCACAGUGCGAUUAAAAUUUUUUUGAAUGCAUCAUUGCACGGUGCACAGAAAAAAAGAUUUUUUUUAGACUGUCCUAUAUCCCCGAGAACGCGGACGCUCUCUAUCCAUCGAUCUACUUCUACGGCGACGAUCCAUCCGAAGGCCGUCUGAAGCACGCGUAUGCCCGCUUAAAACAAACCUACAAUUAUGCGGCAAAGUUCAACAAAAAUUUGCGGAUCAUUCCGUACAUCAAAAUCGAGUAUUCGCCCUCCGACUCGGUGGAUGCGGAUUUCUACAGUAAGAACGAUUUGUGCGCCUCAAUCAAGUAUCCCAUGGAGCUCGGUGUGGAGGCAGUGAUUAUUUGGAGCAGCAGUUAUCGGAUGAAACAGAGAUGCAAUGGGCUGGAAGAGUACCUCAAGAACCAGUUGGGACCGUUCGCGACGGAAGUGAAGAGGAAAGCGAAAAAGUGAGUUUUUUUGGUUUGUAUGAAGAAUUUGGGGGCGUAUGUUUUUGUCUUGCAUUAAUUUGCAAGAUAAAAAGAAAUGUACUUUUCGCACAGUGCAAAAAUUUUUUUUUUUUUUUUUUUUGAUUUCUAUACUGAAUUUUCAGCAUUGCAAAAAAAUUUUUUUAUUAAAUUUUUACACUUAGUAAAAAAAUUAACGCAAAUUUCUGCACAGUGCAAAAAAAUUUUUUUUGACUGCACUGUGCAAUCAAAAAAAAUUUUUUUUUUUUUUUUUUGAUUUCUAUGAAAAAUAUACUGAAUUUUCAGCAUUGCAAAAAAAAAUUUUAUUAAAUUUUUACAACCGGUAAAAAAAUUGAACACAAAUUUUUGCACAGUGCAAAAAAAAAUUUUUUAAUUUUCAAAAAAUUAGACAAAAAAUUAUAUAAUUAUAUUAUAACUUUUUCAAAACAGAUUCCACAUUAUCAGCUCUUAAUUUUUCCCCAAAAAAAUUAAAAAUGCAAAAAAAAAUUUUCUCCAAAAUUUUUUUUUUUCAGAUGUCGAGAGUCCCACUGCAAUAACAACGGGCGCUGCUCAACAAAAGAGAUUACAAUCCCCGACGAGUGCCAUCUCGGCCAUACGAUUCAGAAUCCUACGUGUAUCUGCGAUGAAGGCUUUACCGGUGAACAAUGCCAAAACCAAAUUAGGUAG